AAAAGCCGGUCCCAACGUCGCAGUGGCGACAGUUCCUUCAUCAGCGUCUCGCUUGUGCAUCAUCGACUCUCGGCAGCUCUCGCGACGAUGCUUCUGACGUUCGGCGCUUUGUUCCUGGUUGUGUUGGUCUCCACCUGCUGGGGCAAGGCAAUCUCCCAGAUGCAUCCUCUACCGCCAUUUUCUUCGGGUCCCGUCCCUCCUCCUCCACCGCAAUUUUUUUCCGGCCCCCCGCCUGCAAUCAGGGGCGGUCAGGGCACCUCCGUUUGCGGCAGCCCUUACACGGCAUUCCAUCGCCCGACGAAUCAAUGUCUGCCGCUUCUGGAGCAGGGGGUCUGUCAGAUGGGGCAGUGGCUGGUCUUGAACCAGGCCACGAUGGAACCGGAAUGUCAAUACCGGAAUUGCGGCUUGUGCUCCGUGGCCUUUUCGGAGGAACCGAACCGAUGCGUUUCACCCGAGUAUCCCGGUGAACGUUGCGGCCAGAAUCAGAUCUUGGCCAUGGAUCAAUUCGGCCUGGGACAUUGCGAAUGCCGCGAAGGUGGCUACAUCUACUGGCCCGAAGACGGAAACUGUCACCGACUGUUCAGUCGCGGUCCUUGCGAACCCGGAAACCUCUUCCUGUUCGACAAGGAGAAUAAAACCGCGCUCUGCAAGCGAAAUCUCUGCCCCGACGGACAGAUCUACUGGCUCCCGAGGGGAGACUGCGUCUUGGAGAACGACACCACGCUCUGUUCUCCCCCCUUAAACCUGACCUUGACCCGCCUCGCAGAUCGCGAGUUCGCCCUGACCUGCCAGAGGCUCGCUCCCCACGCCUUCGCCGCCACCGUCUCCUUCCGAAGAUGCGAUCCGGGGAGCAUUUGGAUGACGAAGGAGGGAUGCGAGGAACCGGUUCCCUUGAAUCCCUGCCCGCCGGGGCACGAGGGCGACUUCUUCGGCGGGUGCCGCGAUUCCUCGGGUUACGAAUCUUCUGCGACCGUGUAUGUUCAUGAAAAAUAUAUAUGAGAAAUUUUCCUCGAAACAUGUUGCUCCGCGACUGUGCC